AAUACAAGUUCAGCGCGAACUUGCCCCCACAUGUUUCCAACGGCGGUCAACAACUAGAUGUGGUCGUUUAGAGGCUUCGGGUGGAUAAUAUAUUAUUACAUAUUUUUAAUAUAAAGCGUUAGCUAAGAAAUUGACUCGUAAAACUAACGUUGUGGAGGACUCCUGCGUGGUUUCUGCUCUGAAUGAAGCCCAAAUAAUGAAUACUGAGUGGACGAACAAAAACCUCCGGGAUCUUCUGACUGCUAUAAAAACAAACAUAUCGGAAAAAGACAACACAAAGGCAUACUCCUAUGUACUCAAGAAGCUAGACUGGAAGAAGGUGGCGUUUCCUCCUUUUCCACCCAAAGAGUGUCAAAAAAUGUGGAAACUUCUUUCGCAAACGAUGCGGAAAGAACGAACUCUCACAGAGCUUGUGGAGGAAGCUGCAGCGGAACUUGGCAGUUCAACCAAAAAGGGAAAGCUACGUCGCCAGAAAAUAAUCAGGCAUGAAUCCAAAGAAGACGUCGUUCCAGCCAAACCACCCAUGAGCGGUUAUAAUCUGUACUGCAAAGAGCAGCUAGCCUUCAUGCAGGGCGUUGCCAAAAAACAGUAUGUCAGCACAUGGGCCCAACGAUGGCGCACGCUGAGUGAUGGCGAAAGACGCAGCUUCAGCAUUCGCUGUCAUAAGAUGAAGAGAGAGUACACCAAUAAGAUGAACGACUAUAUAUUGACUUUGGACAGUGACAAGCAGCAGAAGUUUCGAGAUGACUCUGGCAUCAAAAGACUAACACCUGUCAGGAAGAGGAAAGUGUGCAUAAAGUCUGUGAAAAAGUACCGAGGGGAGCCCAAGAAGUCAUCUUGUUCGGGAUACAACAUUUUCUACAAGGAGUACAUGGAGCAACUAAAGGAGGAGUUCCCCGAUUACAGAGAGCGCUUUGUCCACAUCAGUCGCCUCUGGAACAAGCUUAGCAACAAGGACAGGAGUGACUAUCAAAGCCAAGUGGAAAAAAAUAUAAGGAUAUAUGCCACGAACCUGCAAAAGUGGUUUAUGACAUUGACAGAAGAAGAACAGAUGGACUACCGUGCUUUUAACCCAAGUAAAUGUCCUUACCUGGUAAUGGAUGUGUCCCAUAAUAACACAGAGGAUCCAAGCUUGUACAGACCAUCAGAUUCAGAAGAUGACCUCAUAGAAUUGAGCAGCAGCGAUGAAGACGAAUUAUAUAAUGUUUCCAGUGAGGACGACGAGGAGGACGACGAUGACAUUGGGGAAACCACCUUUACCAUGUUUUAGAUUGAGCUGGAUACUGCAGUAAAACUAUUAUUUUGGUUUUCAUGAUCAUCGUUGAGGACUUUCAGGCGCUACAGUGUAGUGUUACCUUGACUAGUUCACCUUCAUUUUUAACAAUGAAUUUUAAAUUGUUUUAGAUAUGGAGAAAAAUUUGUGGAUGCAAAAUUAAUACUGUGCUGAAAUUAAGUUUUUAAUAGAAUAGAAUAUAUCUUUAUUGACAUUGUACAAUGAAAUUGCAAUCAAAACUAAUUUAGUGCAAAUUCAUAACACAUGAAAAUACCAAGCACACAGCUUACAUGCACAGUCAUUAUUGUCGUCUUGUUUUCAGCGACACUAUUGCUCUCGGGUAAAAAGUGUUCUUAAAUCUGUUGGUCCGGCAUUUUAUUGUCCUGUAUCUCCUGCCUGAGGGCAGCAGUUCAAAAAAUUUAUGUCCAGGGUGAGAUGGGUCCCUUAUGAUGUUUUGGGCCCUUUUGAAGCACCUGGCACUGUACAGUUCAUCUAGGGAGGGCAGAGAGCAGCCAGUGAUCUUCAUUAAAUGUUUGUAAAUAGAUUUGUUUUGGUAUUAUUAUUAUUUUUCAACGGAAACUUGUUUUUGUGACUAAUUAAAUUGAAAAUCGGAAAUAAAAACAAAUUAAGUAAAUGGGUUCAAUGCAAUUUUUUUCAGAUUACAUUUUACUAUUUCAUGUACAGUUCGACCGAGAUAGUUUUUUCAUGGCCGAUACCAAAUUUUAGUAGUCAAAGUUUCCACCAUCAC